CUAUAAUUGAAGUUGGCUUCAAUUAUAGUUGUGGGCCUUCUGAGCUAUUGUUCUGUCAGCUUUGCAUAUCUGGAUCCUGAUAUUUUUGCCCAUUCGUUCAGGUAAUAUUGCUCACGUUAUGUCAGAUUAAAUGGAGACCAUUGGAGAACAAGUCUUGCCACAGAUUCUUAAUCAGAUUGAGGUCUGGGCUUAGACUGGGGCAUUCUACAGGUUCUUGGUUUUGAACCACUCCAUGUUUUAUUCUAGGAUUUGCACAGUAUUUGGCACCAUCCAGCUUACCCUCAACUCAGUCCCUGUUUCCCAAUCCCUGCUGAACUCCUAACCCAGUUUCCCAUUUCCUGCUAAUGAAAAGCAUCCACUCAACAGGAUGCUACCAUCAUCAUGUUUCACUGUAGGAAUGGUGCCAUAGGUGCACCAAUGGGAUUGGCACCAAUGGGACACACAUCAUCCAUCUAUCCAUCUGUCUAUCCAUCUAUCAUAAUGAAGUGUAUUGAAUUAAUCUGAAGUUGUGCAGUAACCUCCAGGAAGAGCCUGAAAUCAUGUCCUCCGACAACAGCUUGGGCAGCAGCAUGCUGUUCCGGUCCAUCACGGAUGACCUGAAUGCGUCUUUGGCGACGGCGGAUGAGCUGUCUCGUGAGUUUAAUUCCCUCCUGCAGGAUAUCUCCUCUACCAACAGUGGAAGCUCUACAGCACAGAGCUCCAGCUUGAGACCACAGAAUACCACCAGCUCCACUCAGUCUGGCCCCAGUACCACCAGUGUUUCCACUGCGAGUACCAGCAAAGAUGCAGGCGGAAGUGUCAUGAAAAGAGGCACCAUGUCUUUACCCCAAAUCACCUCGCCCAUCAGAGCUUCAGAGCCCAGCACUCGUUCAUCAGACUCUUUCUUUACCAGUAGUAAGAACCUCCCGACCUCCCCAAACCAGCAGGUCUAUCAGUAUGCACCGACUCAACCUCGAAACACUCGCGGUGAGCCUGUCUACUCUCGCGGAACCCUGACGCCCCCAAAUCAGUCCCCGCAUACCCAACGCCGGGCAUCGCCAAACCCUGCCAGGUCACAUGAGCGGAACUUGAGUGGCUCGUUCACCUUCGCAGAACUCUCACCUGGUUUCAAAUAUGAGCAGUCUGUUCAUAGCAUGCUUCAAGUCCCAGCCAAACCAGUGCCUUCGUAUGACUCCUCCACCACUGGUCGUAGAUCACCCAGGAUGGACAGAGCUCCUUCUCCCGGACCUUUCAGCCAAUCAGUAGCGAGCACGUUGCCACGCAAUUUCAGUACAUUUAAAACUACAGAUGAGGGUGUAUCGAGGCAGAGCACCCCGGCAAAAUGGAACGAGACAGACCUGGAUGUUUCAUAUGAAAGAAAACCACACCACACAAGUGACAAGAAUGAGUGGAUCAGACCAUCUAUCCCCAACAGCAACUGGAGGGAGUCCAACUUGGACUCACCCACUUUACCUCGAAAGGACCUUCUGCCCCGUCAUCUUCCAUCAGCCGAUGGCUCCUUGCCCAGGAACACCCGUAUCUCUAUGCCCCCUGAUGGUGCUUCAUCCACCCAGUCACCUUUUAACCCUCAGCCAAUCAUCUCCCGCGUGUCCAUCCCUCCUGCAGCACCCAGGCUCCGUCCGAGUAGACCCAUCCCUCUGUCUGUAAUCAUGAGGCUCCAGAACCCAUACUAUACAGCAGCAACCAGAUAUCCAUGUGGCACUGAGAGUGAGCGAGACCUCAGCAUGACACGCCAGCCUUUGCUUAUGCCCAGAGAGUUGCUUUGCCACUUUCAGCCUAUCUCUCAAGAGCAGAGACCUCCAGUCUAUUAUGCAGAAGCCCCCAAGUCAACCUACGUGGAGGUUACAAAACCAAACUCGAUAAAUAAGCCGGCACCCUUGUCCGAGCAAAGUAAAGAGCCCAAAGUUGAGGCUAACACUGAUGAUCCUGAGGUGGAUUCGGCUCCUCGGCCCCUAAGCCCCACACGCUUGCAGCCAGUGGUGGCCCCGGAGGCUCCUGGGGUCCCUGAUAUGGACGUGUUGCUCCAGAUCCGAGCUGAGUUCCCCCGUGCUCUGAAGAAACGUGGCUCCAUUAGUGCCGACCAUUCACAGAGCAUGAAGAUGAUGCCCCUUCGCCCCAACCAGUACAAGCAGGUGAUGAAAAAAAUAUUCGGCAGGAAAGGACCCCAAACAAAGGGCGAGACAGGGAGCGAGAGCAGCUCCUCAGAUGGAGAGGAGAUCUCACCAUCCAUACCUUCUCCACCUUCAACGAUCAUAAACACGGCUAUGCCAGCCCAGCAGAAGGGUCUUCAGUCAAUCCUGCGGAAGCCUAAAGGCAGUAGCGUAAAGGGGCCCCGUGCUCGUCUCAGUCCUCUGGUGCUGCUGCUGGACGGUGCUCUGGUUGGGGAGCUGGACACGGUGCAGAGAGCCGUACAGAUGACUGACCCGAGCCAGCCAAAUGAUGAGGGCAUCACCGCCCUUCAUAAUGCUAUCUGUGGUGGGCAUUAUGCUGUAGUGGAGUUCCUCAUACACAUUGGUGCCAAUGUCAGCGCCCCAGACAGCCACGGCUGGACACCCCUGCACUGCGCUGCCUCCUGUAACGAUCGGGCCCUGUGUGAGUUUCUGGUGCGUAACGGUGCAGCCGUCAUGGCGGUGACGGAGAGCGACGGCGCCACGGCGGUGCAGAAGUGUGACCCGUAUGCUGUGGGUUACGAAGAGUGUGAGAGCUUCCUUAGAGGAGUGGAGGAGGCCAUGGGUGUGGAGAACAGCGGUGUGCUGUAUGCUCUGUGGACUUACCCGGCCCAGGCGCCUGAUGAGCUGAGCUUCAAGGAGGGAGACAUGGUGACCAUCCUGCAGAAACCCGAGGGGUUGGAUUGGUGGUGGGCUUCACUCUGCGGGCGAGAGGGCUUGGUCCCAAAUAACUAUUUUGGGCUUUUCCCGAAGGUGCGGCCAAAAUCACUAUGCUAGAGGUCCCUCUACAUGCCAAUCCCCUGUACUACACCACAGAAUCACUACAAUACAUCUAUGAUGGGUUUUUUUUGUUUGUUUGUUUUUUGGUCUUUUUGGUUUGUUUUUUCCUGUAGUCAUUGUAUUUUCUUAAUUAUGUAAGUUAUGUCAAGGGCUUGGAAGUAGAGGUGUAUAAGUCACGUUUAUACAAAUAAAAAGUUCUUAACAAAAUAAAAACCAAGUUAUCAAAAACAAUUUUCAGUAUUCUGACAGGUUAAUUUGCUUUUGUUGCUUGGCAAAUGUUACUUCCAAGCUUUUUUGUUUAAGUAGCCUAAAUUUGAGGGGGGGUGGAAUUUCACAUUGUUUUGGUUAAAUAUAUGUAUAUAAAAUGUUUUUAUUUAGGCUACUUUCUACUGUAUGAUGGACUUUUUGUGGCCAUUUGCCAGAAUUCAGCCACAGCAAGAUCCGACAGGUUUUCCCGGACCAUCACACCCAUACAAAGGUUUAAAUGUGAAGUUUUCUUUAUUAAUGACAGGAUCAGUGGCUGAAAUGCUAGUUACCUGAAGGUUUUGUGUUCAAAUCCCAGGUUCAUCAAAGAACCCUUAAAUAACACCUUUUAACCUUUAGCUGCUAUAUUUGGAUUAGAUUAUUUCCCAAGUGAAUGUGCAUGAUCAACAUUAGGUCACAGUGACUUAAAUACUGAGAGAAAUUGUCAUCUCUCAGAUUGGCUAGGAAUACAUUCAUUUAUCAUCUCAGUAUUGAAUUUGGAUGUGAUUAUUGAUUGUGUGUGUGUGUGUGUGUGUGUGUGUGUGUGUGUGUGUGUGUGAGUGACAGAGAGAGAUUAGAUUAGAGAGAUUAGUUGUGCAUUAACAACAUACAAAUGUAUUAUGGUCUGAUUUGUAUGAAUUUGAGAUACACUGAGUUAGAUUAGAAUUAGGCCUAUUAGAUUUACCACUCUCCUAACUAAAUAUUUAGUGUACUGGGCUUUUCUUAUUGUCUGUUAUUUUAGUCAUUGUGAAAUGUUUACCACGAACAUUAAUCCUGUACAGGAUGUUGCUUAGAAUGCAUUUUUAUUGUCAUCAUUCAUACAUAGGAAGGCUUUGGUAUCACUUUACAUGUUAACCCCCCUCUCACGGGGCUGUGUGGAAGAAUGAAUGCGUGCAUGUGUGUGUGUGUGUGUGUGUGUGUGUGUAUGUGUGUAUGUGUGUGUGUGUGUGUGUGUGUGUGUGUGUGUGUGUGUGUGUGUGUGUAUAGCUGGCACAGGCCAUUACAAAAUAACAUAUUGCAUUUUCUGUGAUACAGUAAAUACUUCUAUAAACUUAUAUUAAAAACAGUAAAUAUUAA